AUGGCAGUUAUCCGACCAAGACACAACGUCGACGCACCGGCAACAAACCUCCUCUCGUAUAUCUUCGACUCGCCAUACAAGAACGAAAAUGAAGGCGCGUGGCCAGAAACAGAGCCUCUCCUGGUCCCAGCAUCAUCACCAUCAACACAAGAAACCAGUACAGUCCCAGGAUACACAAUAACGCAAAUCGCGUCCGUGACCAAGCGCAUCGGCAACGGCCUGCACCAGCUCGGAACGUCAGGAAAACGAGUAAUGGUAUACGGCGAUGCGAAUAUCCAUUUCCCGCUUGCUGUCCUAGGUGUUAUUGCCUCCGGCGCAGCAUGCAAUAUCCUCCCGCCAUGCCCGGUGUAUUAUCUGGUUGAGCGGUUGCGGCAGAUAGAGUGUGAUACUGUGCUCUUUGCGCCAGGGGAUAUAGAUAUUGUUCGCACCGCAGCAAAAGAGCUAGGAAUUCCGGGAGAGAGACUGUUUGUUGUCGAUGAAGUUCUAACUGGCAAUGGGAACUAUGAGACUUGCGGCGUCAACCACUGGAGUUCUCUCCUCGAGACACCAGGGGGAGAUACAUACGCAUGGCCCAAUCUCUCACCAAGCGAGUCGAAAUCGACAACUGCCCUGCUGCUGUAUACAUCCGGAACAACAGGCGCAUCCAAGCUCGCCGAGCGCACGCAUUACUCUCUCAUCGGCAACAUCCUCGCAACGCUGCACCACUACACCCUCCGCCCGCGCCGCCGCGAAACAGUCUUCUGCAACUACAAAUUCUGCGGCAUGGGCUUUCUCAUUCUCGGACUGCUGGUCCCGCUGAAGGCGCGGUAUACGACUGUCUUCCCUUUCCCUUUGAAAUCUGAUGCAGGUGCGCGGGCGUUUCUGGACACGAUCAAACAGUGGAACCCGACGUGGGUUAUGGCGCCGAAGCAUCUGAUGCGGGAGACGCUGGCGAUGCAGGACGUCACCAGGGAGGAUCUGCGGAGCGUACAGCAUGUUCUCACCGGCGGGGCGAUUAUCUCGUGGGAGCUUGUGGAUGAGUGGCAGGGGCGGUUUGGGAGCCAGGUGCAGAGUACGUAUGGGAUGACUGAAGCGGGAUUCUACACCAUCCCUGACCCGACGACACCGGUUGAGGACGCCACAACGGGGGUUUUGCUUCCAAGCGUGGAAGCCAAGAUCGUAGACGAGGACGGUAAUCUACUACCCCGGAACGAGAAGGGGAAUGUCUACACCCGGACGCCAUUUGUCAUGAAGGGGUACCUCAAGGAUUCGGCGAAUACGGCAGAGACGAUCCUCGAGGACGGAUGGAUUAGGACAGGGGAUAUUGGGUGGGUUGACGAGGAGGGGAGAUUCUAUAUUGUUGGCCGGCGGAAGGAUCUGUUCAAAAUCAAAGGCAGCAAUGUCACAGCAGCCGAGAUCGAGACGGCGAUAUUGCGGAACCCAGAGAUUAAGGAUGUGGCUGUUAUCCCUGUCGUCCUACCCGGAGACGAGGAACCAGCUCCACGGGGCUACAUUGUCAAUAACGAAGACUCCACAUUAACAGAGGACGAACUGAUAUCAUGGAUGCAGCGCGAACUGCCUCCACACAUGCAACUGGUCGCGGGGGCUGCAUUCAUUGAUGCGAUUCCCAUUUCCAGCGUCGGGAAUAGCAAAGUUGAUCGCCAGAGACUGUGUGAUCUUGCAGCGAGGGAGUUGCAGAUGUUGAAUUAG